UAAAAAAAUUACUCUCUAUUUUUUAAUAAAUAAGAACAAUUUUAACUUGUGUUUUAUAUAUAAUUAUGAAUCGGACUGGUGUACUCUUGGAGUAUAUUAUACUGUAGGUAAUCACAGUGAGAUAUCUAUAUCUAGAUUAUGAAUUAAAUCGAGGUUAGAGUAUGAUAUUAUAUCCUAACCUUCGAUUUUUUAUCCCAAACCAGAAGUUCAAUUUAAUCGAAAACAAUAAAUGACCGUUGAGAUUGAUCGAAACUCAUCAAAGUAUAUCUAACGAUUAUAUUACCUCAAAUAUACUAUACUCUGGAGUAUACCACUCUUUACUAUAUAAUAAUAUAUAAUAUUUACCAAAUUAGAAAAUAACUUCCAUCUCAAUUGUCAGUAGAAAGAAAUUGACGGUCAGGGUGAAAUUGAUUUGCCACAGAAAGGACUACGGGAGAUACCAUGGACCUUCCACAAGGAAAUAUUCACCAAGAUGAACAGUGAUUGUGAAAGUUAUAUCGAGCAAGUGAUUAGCGUUUUUUCCGUUUAGCAAGUGAUUAGCGCUUUUUUCGUAUGGAACAAUGCUUUUAUUUUUGGGCAAAAUUUCGCAGCAGACUAGGUUGCGUAGUAUAGCGGGAAUUGGCCAAGUGAAACCACUUCCUCGCAGCAGACUAGAUACCAUGGAACUCUACUGUCACUCCAGGAAUUGGCCAAGUGAAACCACUUCCUAAAGCGUAGUAUAGCGGGUUUGGGUUUAAUUAUCAACCCAGGUCCUAGAUCUGAUGACUACUCAGUGAAUUCUUGUUAUCUAGCAAUGAAACUGGAAUGCAAGUCUAACUAACAAACUAACAAAGCAAGUAAACUGGUUGUAUUCAGGUUAAGAGAGGUCACCCGGAUAUGGUUCCCCCUAGACUGCAGUUAAGCCGGAUUGUAAUUACCAAGUUCAGUUUCUAUGAAGAUUAUACUGCGGAAGGUUCUUAAACAGCCUGAAGUCUCGACUAAAGGUCUUCAGACCCUCUCAAUCUGACUCUCUAGCGGGCGACUAACCUCCACCGGAGUCGACAGAUUGAGGCCCUAAGAACAAAACCUCCACUACCGGAGUAAAUCCGGUACAGAAUAGUGAGUUGGCUCCUCGACUAAAGUCACCAACUCCCUACCUUCAAUCAAGGAUACUCUAUUAACCUAGGCAGAUAUUCUCAUUCUAGGUCAAAGCAGAAACAACAGGAAUUUGAUCAGGAUUCAAGUCAUUCAAUCAUUAAAACCUCAAUCGAAUAUAAUCAAUCACAGAAUCAGUACUUGGGUUCAUACAAUCAAAGCCUAACAUACAAAUCUAGGGUUCUCCAUACCCAGAUGAAUGGGAGAACUACUCCAUAGAGAAGAAAGCAAAAGCAGAAUCAGACACGGAAUUCAUACUGCAAAGGAUGGAUUCCUGCUUCUGGACGUUGAUUGGCACUUCUCCAAGCUCAAACUGGCCUCCAAUGGUGUUGAAGAUCAAUCUAGGGCACUUGGAGACUCUUGUUCGUCGCUUUCUCUCUCUAGAAAUCGCUCUCUUUCUCAAAAACCCGAAUCCUCCCGAAUUGUGGCUGAAAUUCUGCUUAAAAGGAGAAAAUCCCGACUCACACGGCCAGGGUGGCACGGCCGUGCAGCUCACCCAGUUGCCCGUGUGAGUCAAAACGCAUCGUUUCAUUUAGUUCGAAUUCCAGGCUCUUUGCACGGCCAGAAUGGCACGGCCGUGUGGACAUCCCCUCUUGCCCGUGUUUGCUCUAGCAGAAUGUGGCACGGCCAACCCGGCCACCUGCACGGCCGUGUCGAUCCUCUGCUCUGCCCGUGUGUGCUCUCGGCAAAACUCGCACGGCCAGGCCAUUACUUCACACGGCCGUGUGAACAUCAGGGCAGCCCGUGUGGCCUCCUUUGUGACUUGCCACGUGCCCAAUCUUCACCCAAUCGACCCCGAACUCGCUCCUAAACCUUCAUUCACUUGCCAGGACCUGAAAUAUCACAAACAAGCACAACCUAGCGUGAAAUCGGUCUAAAACACGAGAAACCACCUCUCAAACGGUGUAAGAACAGGGGUGAAAACAUGUGUAACUAACGGUCUAUCAGCCGCUCCAAGCAGCAUCCUGCCCACGUGUAGCCUACUUAUUGGGCUUUUUUCAGUUAAUCCUUUUACUGUUAAACCAAUUCAAUUUACUAUAAGCGGAUGGAGACGGAACGGAUAUGUACUUUCCGUUACUUGCUUUUCCUUAUUUUCAAUUGGUAUUAACUUCAAUGAGCAGGUAUCAAAUUUAUAAUACAGUCUGCUUAAUUUUUAUUCACUUCACUUUUAGAUGUAGCUCUUUAUUAGUUCUGAGAAAAAGUGACAACUUUGCAUAGUAGAUUUGAUGUUUAUCACCAUAAUUUUAAAUAAACUAAUUCUCAUAUAAAUAAAUCAUUCAAAAUGAA